AUCACCAUCCAUCAGAAAGCCGUCAACCCGGAUGAAGAUGAAGAAAGUCCAAUAAAAUUUAAUUUCUUUUCAGAUCUGUUUUCUGUCACUAGCGUUGUGCUCUCGAAGUGGUCCGGUUCAGUUUACGAGAAAAGAAAAACCGUCCGAAUUCUGAGAAUUUUGCUUUGUAUCACCCGAAUCAUCUGAAUAAAAAGAUAGAAAAUCCUAAAAUAGUCUAGCAGAGGAUGAAGACUACCCAAAUUGCAAGAUACGCUAUUCGUCUGAAUUACGGCCAGGUGAAUGAAAUUGCCACUGGCUCAAAGUCGAGCGAUCGUGCCACGGUUCGAUCGGCGGCCCUUCUAGCUGCCCUUGGAAUUGGUUUGUCCUCAUUCAGCAUGAAGCAGAUGCUGACCAAACAACCCAAGCGGAAGUACUAGAUCGAGGCAGUAACUGCAUCGCCACCAAAUAGCAUCAACCGACCACAUUUGCAUACGGAACGGGGUGAUGCGCAAAAUAAUAAUGACUUUGAAAACCAUAUAACGGACGAGGAUGUUGCGAAACUGAACUGAACUACGGAUGUCUGCGGAUGAUUGUGUGGAAGGAGAAAGAUUGACUGAGUUGUACGGUUUGUUUGCUUUUAAAAAGGUACGUUAGCUUUUGGGAUAUUAUUAUCCUUGUUAUCACACACAAACACUAACAUGGAGGAGUAUAGAGACCUUAAUUGUUUUGACUGCAAAGAAUUAGUGAUAAUAUGAUGAUGGUUGGAUUACGGAGAGAACUCCAGUUCACGUCAGAAAUUGCUAAAUAUAUUUGUUUUGUAGAUUUAGUUAGUGUUAACCUUAUCAAAUGUUUUAUUUCAUAAGACGUAUUAAUAGCUAAUGGCCGCUUUAAGUGAACACAAUACGUUACAAAUGUAAUGAAUGAUUACAAUAAUUGAGAGUGGCAAAGCUUUUGAGUUCUUUAUAGACAGUGGAACUGAAUUCAAAAUCAAAAAUAAUCAUUUUUCUCGCAACUCAAUUUAGUCCACAGCUUUUCAAAUAUUGAUGAUUUGAUUAGAUAAUUCACUUUGUGUACGUUUUGCAGUAAUGUGUAUGUUGUCGUUAUUUAUUAUUUAAUGUAUAACUCAACAAUUGAAGUUCGUAACAGGAAAUUGUAACAUCAGUGAUUUGAAAUUCUGUAUGUAAUAUGUAGCUACUGAAUUGAGAUAUUGCGAUUAAUAUGAACUAGUAGUAAAAUAAAACUAGGCUUUUUUAAAAUUGUAUCGAGUAAGCAUUGUGAAUGGAUUAUGAAUGCAAGAGAAACAGUUUACAGACAUCUACAGCUACACAAUGCAAUGCAAGAAGUUUUUACUUCACAAUGAGCAGAUGAAUAGAUGAAAACAUAAUAUCAACAUUUAAA